AUGUUCGAUAGUAACAUUUUUUUCAAUUUCUACAAUGAGAUUGCUAAUAGAAGUGCUCUACAGUUGGCAAGUGCUGGAAUGAUGGGCGAGGGCCUGCUGACUCUGACGUAUGGCAAGCACCACGCCUGCAUCUUGAAUGAGGUGGGUGCUGCGUGGCGUGGCGCCCGCUACUCAGACCUGGUGCUUGUGUGUGACGACUCUGUGCCGUUGGCCGCUCACAGGAUCGUCAUGGCCGCUGCAAGUCCGCUAAUUAGGAAAAUACUGGAUGACACACCAUCGGUUGAGAAUCCAGUCACAAUUCACAUGUCAGGAAUCAACAGUACGCUUAUGAGGCAUCUCCUUGUGUUUUUAUACAGCGGCCAAGCUUACAUUGAGUCUGGCGAAAUAGAUGACAUGCAAGAACUUUUUGAACUACUGGAAAUCAAAUCAGAUGUUUGGAAAUCCACAAAAGAGCGACAACAGGCUGAAGAAAGGAAUAGAUCGUGCGAGCGUUUAAAGUCAAAAACGUUAAAGACAGAUAUAAACAGUAAUGAAAGCAGUAAACACGAUGCACCAUCCGGUUCAUCACACUCAGAGAGCGAACUCGCUACAUCUGGAGCAGGGUUCAGCAAAGACAAAGGGGACGAGAACAUGAGUAUUAAAAAAGAAAACAUGUCUACUAGCAGUAACGAUGAGAGAGAUGAAGAGGAACAGGAUGGUGAGACUAGAGACAAAGAAUGUGGAAGACUUAUGGCACGACGAAGAAGUUCAUCAAACCCAGUCAAUUUGUCAGUCGCAAAGAACUCAGAGAAUACAGGCAGUGAACACGACGACUCACAAGAUGUUGAUGUCGAAACAGUCGCUUCCAAGAACAUUAACAGAAGAAGAUCAACAUCAUCAAGCCAGGAUGAUCAACCCCAAGAAACAGUAUAUAGGAGACAGUUGCUAAGUGAUCGACUAGGUCGUGGCAUCGAACGGGCUAAAAGGAAAUCACAUUACUUAGAACCACCAGAGUUAGAUUUACGAACUGUUAAAUUAGAGGACUACGCGCAUCUAAAACCCCCUGAUCAGGACUUGAUAUCACUUGUACAGACAUCUCCUGAAAAUUAUGUUGUGACACCUCAUCGGAAGAGAAGACCUGGUUUCCACAACUCGCCCUCACAGAAUCCCCCUUUCGUAUCAUUCCCACCUAGUUACUUAGAAGAAAUGGCGCACCUACGGUAUACACAAGGACCUGCGAGUGCGGCUGCAGUAGCAGCUAGCGCUCGGCUUGGAGUGUUACACCCGUUGAGCACCUCAGCACCUCCGUACUUACCAGAGAGGAGUGCAACUCCUCCUACUGUGCCGCACGAUGAUGCCCUUAAAUAUCGACCUCCAAGUGCGGGGUCCUGGGGACCUUGGCUAUGUCAACCUCAAAUGGGCGGUGAUGAUACACCCUCGACAGAACACGAUCAAGGUUCGAGUAAACAGGCGCCAGUACGCGAAUAUCGUUGCGAGUAUUGUGGCAAACAAUUUGGCAUGUCAUGGAAUCUCAAAACUCAUUUACGAGUACACACCGGAGAAAAGCCGUUUGCUUGUCGACUGUGUGUCGCUAUGUUCAAACAAAAAGCUCAUCUGUUAAAACAUUUGUGUUCGGUCCAUCGGAAUGUAAUAUCAUCGAGCGAGAACGAUGGACGUACAAAUACACCUGGUCGGUUUAACUGUUGUUUCUGUCAACUUACGUUUGAAGCACUUCCAGAACUCAUCAGACAUUUAUCAGGGCCACAUAAUAGUUUGCUUCUUAGCAAAAACUUACACGAAUGA